AUUUCUCUUGCUCAUGGCGCAUUCACUGAUUUCAAGGUUUUACAAACGUUUAAACAUUUAUCGCCAUCCCGAAUCCAAGAGCUUCAUCGAGAUGAUAUUCAAUUGUAUUUACCACGUUUGUAUUUGUGCUUGCGAAUCAUCGAUGAUUGUCAUGCGUUGGCUUGGGGCACCCAGUCUCAAGUCCCUAAAUACUCAAAUUUCUUGCUUGCGUCAUUGACUCCCACCUUUCCUCAGAAGCAAUUUAAUUUACAGUUCUUGGAAAAUGUGGAGCUUGGAAACUUGUUCGGAAUGUUGGAGGACAUGAAAUGCGAAGAGAUGUUCUUUGAGAGGCCUCGAAGCAAGAAAAGCCCAAGUGUGUCUUCUUUGGGAGAAAGAUUUUCAAAUUCAAGCUCAGCCCUGAUACUCUUUUCUUUGCAAAAGGAUAAGUACGAACUUUUUGAUUUUGCCUCUGAGAUUUGCAGUUUUUUCGAGAAUCAUCUGAGAAUUGAUUAUGAAGACGAAUAUACUAAGGAUCACAUACAAGAUUACCAGCUUAAGACUAGCAGAUUGGUGAAAAAAUUAUCUCAGUCUAUCUUGAACUUCGCCAGACACGUAUCCAAUAAUGAAUCACAACUGUCAUCGCAUGGUGAGAUUGAUCAAAUCAGUCCUUUCUUCAACAUAAGCUUCGGCCAAUCUUUCAGACUAAUCAAGAUUAGCAAGGAAUUCUUGGAAUCUCUAGUCGAGAAUGCUGGUGACAACGAAAUCAUAAGCAGAUGUAUAAAGAUCAUCAAGGACUUGUCUCAUGCCACCACGUUAUUGAGCACCAAACUCAAUAUCAGUUCGACAGGUAAUGAAUCUGUAUCUUCAGUUCAUCUGGUAGCAUGUGGACCUGGAGUGAUGACGGCUCAAAUUAUUUCCAGAAAGCUUGAGAUAUACGACCUCACAUUUCGAAAUACUAUUAGCAUUCAGCUUAAUAAAGCUGAUAAAAAAAGUAUUGAGACUUGGAGAGAUGAUUUUUUGAAGACAUCGAAGUCACUAGUUUACUCUGAAGACAUGGAUGGGUGG